AUGGAUCCAUGGUUUGGCCAGCUCUGUCCAGUUCUGGGCCCCGGGAGGCUGACAUCUGGGGACUGCCUGGCUGCCUUCACCUCUGGCUUCCUGUCAGGCUUGGUUACUGGGAGGCACUGCUCCCCGCCUCCGGCCUCCCCACCCCGUUCCUCCCUCUCCUCGGCCCGCCCCGCGCGCCGGCGGCCCCCAAUCCCGGGCGCCGGGCAGAGUGGGGGCGACGCGGAGAUACAAAGGAGCGCCGGCGGGAGGAGGGAGCAGGCCGGGCUCCGAGGGCGGCGCGGCAUGGACGCCGAGGACCCGGCCUUCGAGCCCCGGGUUUGCGGCGAGCUCAAGCACCUGUGCCGGCGGCUGCAGGAGGCGUAUCGCGAGCUGCGCGAGGACCUCACGCCCUUCAAGGAUGACCGCUACUACAGGUGCUGGAUCAAGACAGACAGUGUCCUGGGUCUUGUGGGGCUGGCAGAUAAUGAACAAGUAAUUACAAAUGGUCAUGAGCUCUAUGGAGGCAAUAAGCAGGUGACAGGCCCAGGCCCAGCCUCCCUGCUGGAGACGCGGUGGUCCCUGCCCUGGUCGGUGGCCCUGCCGCGUCAGUGGUCCCUGGUCGGUGGCCCUGCCCGGGUAGGUGGCUUCUGCCCCGUCAAUGGUCCCUGGUCGGUGGCCCUGCGCCAUCAGUUGUCCCUGGUCGGUGGCCCUGCCCCGCAGAAGUCUUUGUACAAGCGAUAUAGACCAUGUCUGCAGUCCGUGUUUUCUCUGGUUCACGUACUAUGGAGAAAGCCCCCAUUGAGAGGAAAUGAACAGGGUUCCUCACACAUGGUCCUGUGGAAAGCAGCCAGACUGGGCAUUCAGCCUUUGUUCACCUGCAUGGGAAGUCACCAAGUACAGCAGAUGGAUACUCCUGGGUGUGUGGGGCCCAAAGUGAUCCAGACUUCUGCAGCCAAUUUCUCACUAAACAAUAGCAAAAAGCUAAAGCCAAUUCAAAUAGUUUCCAAUCCACUGUCUACGUAUAAUCAGCAGCUGUGGCUGACGUGCGUCGUCGAGUUGAACCAAUCGAAAGAAACUUCUGUUCAGACAAGGUUUACCAUGACUGUUAAAGUCAAUGGUGUAGCUCAAGAUGGAACCAUAAUGUUCAUCCAUAACGAAGUUCACAAUCGGACCAGGACCCUCACGUGUGCAGAGAAAUGUGCAGAAAUUAUCGUGGCUCACCUCGGCUACCUGAAUUACACGCAGUAUACAGUGACUGUGGGAUUCGAACAGCUGCUCAUCAAGGAGAUGAACUUUACAUGGAAGACUUACCACCCUGCCUUUUCCCAGUUGGAAAUCUGGUUCCGAUUUGUCUUUGUGGUGCUGACCUUCAUUGUCACCUGCCUGUUUGCACACUCCCUGCGGAAGUUUUCCAUGAGAGACUGGGGGAUUGAGCAGAAGUGGAUGUCCAUUCUGCUGCCUCUGCUGCUGCUUUACAAUGAUCCCUUCUUCCCCCUGUCCUUCCUGGUGAACAGCUGGCUGCCGGGCAUGCUGGACGACCUCUUCCAGUCGCUGUUCCUGUGCGCCCUGCUGCUUUUCUGGCUCUGCGUGUACCAUGGCAUCCGGGUGCAGGGAGAAAGAAAGUGUUUAACUUUCUAUUUGCCCAAGUUCUUUAUUGUUGGACUGUUGUGGUUGGCUUCUGUGACGCUCGGAAUAUGGCAAACAGUUAAUGAAUUACAUGAUCCAAUGUACCAGUAUCGAGUUGACACAGGAAAUUUUCAGGGAAUGAAGAUUUUCUUCAUGGUGGUGGCAGCCACGUAUAUCUUAUACCUUCUGUUCUUGAUCGUGCGGGCAUGUUCUGAGCUCCACCACAUGCCUUACGUAGAUCUCAGGUUAAAAUUUUUGACUGCAUUGACGUUUGUAGUGCUUGUCAUUAGCAUCGUCAUCCUUUAUUUACGGUUUGGAGCACAAGUAUUACAAGACAAUUUUGUAGCUGAACUGUCGACUCAUUACCAGAAUUCAGCUGAAUUCUUAUCUUUCUAUGGCUUGUUGAACUUCUAUCUCUACACUUUGGCCUUUGUGUAUUCUCCACCCAAGAAUGCUCUGUAUGGUAACCAGUUUACAGAUCAUNNNGCCUUCUCCAUGCUGAACGACUCCGAUGACGAUGUCAUCUAUGGGAGCGACUAUGAAGAGAUGCCUCUGCAGAACGGCCAGGCUAUUCGGGCCAAGUACAAGGAGGAGUCAGACAGUGACUGAGCCACAGCGGGCGGCAGGCCCCAGGGACCCGGGUUUCCUGCAGCAACCACAGCCCGGCCUUCCCCGUACCUGCUUCUACUCAGACGUCUUCUAUAAGCAACAUUUCCUGUUCCUUAUUUGUUUACAUAUUUUACAAAGGAAAACCAAAACUGAGGGCAAAUUUAUACGUUGGGCCAAAUUUAUUGCCAGAGUGGCUACAUUAUUUAGGGAGAGAGAUGCUGAUAACGUUUAAACGACCACAUCUUUUUUUAGAGACUUCGGAUAGAAGGUAGCCUGUUUUCCGUGCUGAGGGGGAGAUCACCCGUUUUUAGGAGAAUGAUGUGCAUUUCUUUUUGAUGAUUCACGAGUUCCGAGUUCCUGGGGAGCACUUGUGAACGGGGUCCGCAGCGUGGGAGUCGGCUCCUCCUCUCCUCCCUCUUGCCCUCGGCCUGUUCCUGUGGCUGCCUCAUGGGGGCAGUCCUUCACUAUCAGCUGCAGUACCCUGGGCAACCAGGUGCCUGAAAUGACGGUUAACUGGCAUGGACUGAUGUGUGGAAAACCUAAGUUACGGCUUGUCGGGAGUGGGAGGAUCGGCAGGUUCCAGGCCUUCAUCUUCCCCAGAGCUGAAGUCUUCGGGUUGUGGAGUUCUGAUGAGGGUGUGAUUCAUUUACUGGGGAAAGGCUGAAAUACAAGUUGCCAGCUUGUGGGCAAGGUAUUGCUGCCGUGCAGCCUUUCAAGCGCCCAUGCGUGCGUGCGUCUGUCCAUACGUGUGAGUGGAUGUCCCUGUGGUCGGGGUGGGGAAGAGUCUAACAGUCACACUUCUAAUAAAUGUAGUUUCUGCAACUGUUAAAAAUUAUAUUCCCUGGAGCUUUAUUUAAAACAAAUGAUUGAUAUAAUAUUCUUUAUUGCCAAAGAUUUUUCAAUUUCAUAUCUGGAAACUAGAUGAAAAGAGUGAAACAUUUUAAAUGGCUUCUGGAAAACUCUGGGUAGCAGGUAGAUUGGAAACCAUUCCUUGCACUUCAUUUCUCACAUGGCGGCCAGGUAAACAGAUGACUCGCUCUGUGGCAAAAAGCUGCCUUUGGUUGUUGCUGAAUCUGUGGUGUCAUAGAAGGCCCCGGAGAGUUUCCAGUUCCUCUUUGUCAGAGACUGAAUGGAAAAGUCUGGCAUAGGUGUCUCCCUUGCAUUUCCUUGGACACGCCCAACAGUGUCUGUAGCUCAGCGUAUUGUAACUUGUCAACGUUCUUAAUGAUGCUCUCUUGGCAAGUACACAAGUACAGGAUGUGACUGUUCCACUCUGCGGACAGUACCUACCUUUUCCUCGUUUGUGCAUUAACUCCUCAGUCACCACCAUGGCUAAAAGCUAUGCGCCACCCAAGGCAGCGCUGGGCCCUUAGAGGUGGCCAUGGGAGACAAUUAUCCUGACACCUCAGUAUCAUGCUUUUUAAUUUAAACUUCAAUUAAAUGUACCUUUAAUGUGAACUCCACCUACAUUUGUUUGAAGAAAAACCUUGUAAAUAUGAAUGUUUGGCUUAAAACUGUAUUAUUGCAAGGGUAAUUUAAGUUUACGUAGUUUUCACACUUCCAACGGUGAUUACUUUGAUUCUGUGUACUCGGAGGAAUUGGAAAAACAAAUUUUCUGUUAUCAGAUUUUACAACUUCCAAGACUAUUCUAACUAUAAAUAAUUUUAUGUGUACUAAUGAAGACUUGUGCCGAUUAAUGUAUUCUAGUAUGUGAUAUAGUUUACAAGUUUUAAUUAUUAUAAAUAAUUGUCCUUUAUGAUUUGGAAUGCUGUUAUUUAUCAGUAAAUGUAAAAUAUUUGAGGCAUUUUGCCGUACACAUUAGAGCUUUUAAAAAAUUGUCUUUGUCCUAUAGUGUAAUUAUAAACUGAUGACUGGUAUUUUCAAACACUGAUUUUUCGUGGCAUCAAGUCAAGGAAAGGAAAAAUACAGGAAUGUUUAUUUACUUUUGUAAUUAAGUUGGAAACAAGAAACAGUUACAGAGGAAAGCACUUAAGAGGAAAAGGGUUCUUUAUUAAAUCAUGUAUUUUCACUUUAUUC